GGACAAUCCAGCCAUCCUCUCUGGGAGAUCAAUCUUUGCGGAUAACAACAAAACUUUGACAUUCUCUCCAAGCAUCAGAAUACAACUGGGUGCAUUUAAAAGCCAAGGAGCACCAAAGCGUUUAAGAAGGAUUGUAACUGCCGUGUUGUCCCGAUUGUGGAAAUAACAAAAAAGGGCCAAGAUGAGUGUGAACGUGAAUGACUUUAAUGACAUUUUGGACGCAUUGGGUGAACUGAACUUCUCGAAUCUGGAUGAUAAUGUGUCCCAUGUGGUGGGUGAGGUGUGUCACAGCAUCUUCAGCCAAAGAGCCUUGCUCUAUGCCCUCACCGUUCUCUACAUUUUCCUCUUCAUCAUCGGCCUUGCUGCUAAUGCUCUAGUGGUGUGGGUGAACGUGCGAGCUGAGAGGAACCGUUACGAGACUCAUUUGUAUAUCCUCAACUUAGCCAUCGCCGAUCUCUGUGUAGUGGCCACUCUUCCGGUCUCCAUUAGUUCUCUUCUUCAUCUCGGCCACUGGCCCUUUGGUGAUGCCAUGUGCAAAAUCACACACCUGAUCUUCAGCGUGAACCUCUUCAGCAGUAUCUUCUUCCUCACGUGUAUGAGUGUGGACCGCUAUCUGUCCGUGACUCUUUUUGGAGAUGGCCCCAGCCAGAGGAAGAGAAGGACCAGGCAGUUAAUCUGUGUGGGUGUUUGGCUGCUGGCACUGAUCGCUGCCCUGCCUGAAACGUCCUUCCUCCAGGCCGUGAAAUCCAGCCAUUCCGACAGCAUCGUAUGUAAGCCUGUGUACCCUGUGGACAGCAUGAAGGAGUGGAUGGUGGGCAUCCAAAUGAGCUUCAUUAUGCUUGGCUUUGCCAUCCCCUUCCCUGUCAUCACUGUGUUUUACAUCCUCCUGGCUGGAACCAUCCAACCCUCCGCUGACCAGGAACGUCGAAUCAGCCGUCACCUAAUUUUUACCUACAUUGUAGUGUUCUUAGUGUGUUGGCUUCCCUACCAUGGAACCCUACUGCUAGACACUCUAGCCCUUCUCAAUGUACUGCCCUUUAACUGCACACUGGAAAACAUACUCUAUGUCACACUGCAUCUCAGCCAGUGGUUCUCUCUCCUUCAUUGCUGCGUGAAUCCCAUCAUCUACAACUUCAUCAACAAGAACUACCGCUAUGACCUCAUGAAAGCCUUCAUCUUCAAGUACUCAACCAAAACUGGCCUUGCUAGGCUUAUCGAUGCUUCACACAUGUCUGAGACAGAAUACUCUGCUAUGGAAAGCCAGGAGCCAUUAUGAAACUUCCAUGAUGGUGUUGAUUAACACCCUCCAUAUAAAGCUCAGAAAUGAACGGUGAACAAUCACAGUGAGAUAUAAAACUCUCUAAACAUUUUGCUCUAGGGAUAUAGCAAAAUUAGAUAUUUUGUAAAAUAAUGGAACAGCAGAGCUGCUUUAUAAACAGUGAAAUGUUUAUGCCUUUGUAAAUUGUAAUGACAGUCAUAGUUGUAUUGAGAAAGCACUUGUAAUGAUUUGAUAUGUACGCAUAGCUUGAUGUAACUGUAGUUGGUAAAAAAAGAUCCAUUCCUGUUCCAAAGCCAAGAAACCCUCUCUCCACUUAUCUGUGGUUUUGCACCAUCAUCCAUCAAGGCUUAAACAUAUGUAGGGUAAAGGUCAUGGUUUCAUACACAAUAAUGUUCAUCUAUGAAUGGAAGGUUAUAUCAAAAACCCAAAUGUUUGAGAGUGGAGAGAAACAGGUCGAUAUCAAGAUUUGGUAUGGAUUUAGGAUGUAUGCUAUGCUUGUUGUAUAAUAUAUAUGUACUGUAUACAGUAUACUAUACAGUAUAUAUAUAUAUAUAUAUAUAUAUAUAUGUGUUUAUUUUCAAAGAAGUGGUGCAUUUCAUAAAUAAUGCUAGCAGUAUUUGUACAGGUCUUGUAAAUAUAAUAUUUAUAUACUCAUUAUUGUGUACAGAAUUUUUAAUAUU